UGAGUUACAAAUGAUUAUAAAGCAUGCUAGUUUCAUCGUGGCAGAAAAGGAUUCUUAAAGGGUGCCCAAAUCAAUAUGAAAUUUUGUGUGUGGAGGGGUAUAUAACUAGUUAAUAUUUUAAAUGUUUACAAAAAAUUAAUUCUUCAUCUUUGAGACUAUACAUAUUAAAAAUCUGCUUUGUUAAUUGACUAGAGCAACAUCCAUGUCAUUCAGAUAAUUUUUCUGCAGAAAUUAUGAUCAGUACUUGUGUGACUUUUAUCAAUUCAAUUAACUAAUUAAGUACUUUUCUGUGGUUUGUUUAUACACUUCAUUACAAAGUGAGGUCUGCAAAUGUUUCUGUCUAGCUUUGAGGAACAUGGAUGGCAGACGAAAAAUGAAGCAUUUUAGAAUGACUCCUUUGUUCUCUCUAUUGCAUAAAUUGAAGACUUACUCUUUCACAGAGUUCAGUUUACAUGAGAAAAAAAGUUCCAAGUUUGCUGGUGUUGUAAAAUCAGGCUUCACUUGGUGGAUCCACUUUGUACACUGCUAGGACAAGUAUACACUAUUUUAUUUCUCCUGUAGUUCUGCUUUUGGAAGGGUAGGAUGAAUGCUGAGCUGGAUUGUCUUCUAGACGUUUUCCCAUCUUCUAAAUGUUUGCCCAGUGUUCGUUUGUUUCAUAGUGUUUCACCCAAGAAAUCAGUGUCCUGGUUCAAACGAGCAACUUUAAAUGCCAGAGUUUUAUUGUGCACUUUUUUGAAUGAGUUUUAAAAUCCCUUUUUUACUCCGAUGUUUAAAAUGGCUUUUUUAAAAACUAAAAUAAUUUGAAAGGUCUUGGGUGAAUAAAAAAGAAAAAAUUAUUAAAUGGUUCUGAGAUAUUAAUAUACUACUAACUAAAUUGUUUCUGAUGUGUUCAACUGUGCUAUAAUGGAGUUUUCUUUCUUUAUGGACAAUAAGCCUGAAAGUAACACUUAGCUGGUUUUGCUUUUAUUUAGAUUGAAUGUGGGUGUCUUAAUGUGGGUGUCUUUUUUCAAUUCUUUAGUGCUAUGUAUGGAUUCUGUGUUACUAGUCCUCAUGACUAUAUAACAUAUAUAUAUAACAGUUAUAUAUAAAAUAAGAUAAUUAAUUUGAAUUAUAAAUGCUAGUAGCAAGGAAAUAAAGUUGUUUGGGAAUUUUAUAAAUCAUGGAGUCAUAGAAUGGUUUAGAUUGGAAUGGACUUAAAGAUGAUUUAGUUCCAGCUUCACUGCCAAGGGCAGGGACACUUUCCCCUAGACCAGGUUGCUCAAAGCCCCAUCCAGCCUGGUGUUGAACAUUUCUAGAGAUGGGACAUCCACAACUUCUCUAGACCACACAUUCCAGCACCUCACCAUCCUGAGAGUGAAGAAUUUCUUUUUCCAUUGACCACAACUGUUAGAGUGUGACCAAUUCAUUACACACUGAGUGAUCCAUCCAUCAAAUCUAUGCCUCUCCAACUGAGAUAUAAGGAUAUCAUGGGUGACAGUAGUGUCAUUAUAUAAUGUGUUAUUUAUCUUAGCUCUUUUUAUGGACUUGGUGAAAGCUGAAGUAUGUGGGCUGUGUCGCCAGCUGCUCAAAAAACACUGCUUCCUAAAGUUGCUAUCACCUGCAACAACUUUUCCAUCUAAGGAAGCCUUUGCAGUAGCAGAAAUUAAAGUUUAUACAAAGACUGCAUGCUGUGAAUAAGAUUUGUGACAGUCACUUUAAAUACAAAAAACUAUUCCCUGAGGGAAGUUUCCCAGUCAAGACAACUUGUUGCAGAUUCUUUUUUCUCUUGGCACAGGAAAACACACAAGUAGUAUGUGGUAAGUAGUAAAUGAUUGUCCAGCUGUGGCUGAAGGGCAUGUGAAGUAAAAGAAGAGUAGAAAUUACAGCAAGAAUAUGUGAGUUUACUCUAUUAAUUUGAAGUCACAAAGCUCAAGACUGAAAGCCUUACCUUUCCCAAGGAGGAUGAGCAGUAAGUACUCAAUCUGCAGUGAACCUUUAAUUGAAUUAUCCAACCCAGGCGCCAGUGGGUCCUUAUUUUUUGUAACUAGCGGUGACGAAUUCAUCAUCAAAACAGUUCAACACAAAGAGGCUGAGUUUCUUCAGAAGCUCUUGCCAGGUUAUUAUAUGAAUCUGAACCAGAACCCAAGGACUCUUCUUCCCAAAUUUUAUGGGCUGUACUGCGUUCAGUCAGGAGGCAUUAAUAUUAGAAUUGUUGUCAUGAACAAUGUUUUGCCACGAGCCUUGAAAAUGCAUUUCACAUACGACUUGAAAGGUUCCACAUACAAACGGAGAGCAUCAAGAAAAGAGAGGGAGAAGUCCAACCCUACAUUCAAAGACCUGGAUUUCCUGCAAGAUAUGCAUGAAGGGUUGUAUUUUGACUCUGAGACACACAGUGCACUAAUGAAAACACUACAGCGGGAUUGUCGAGUUCUAGAAAGUUUUAAGAUCAUGGAUUACAGUCUUCUUCUGGGAAUCCACAUAUUGAACAGUAACAUGAAGGAAAAAGAAGGAGAGUGUUCCCAGAGUGCAUCAGAUGCAAAACGCCAUGGAGGGCAGAAAGUUCUCUAUUCCACAGCGAUGGAAUCUAUACAGGGCCCUGGGAAGUCUGGAGACUCCGUCACCAGAGAGGCAACAAACACGAUGGGAGGUAUUCCAGCAAAAAGCCAUAAAGGUGAAAAGCUGCUUUUAUUUAUGGGGAUAAUAGAUAUUCUUCAGUCUUACAGGUUAAUGAAGAAACUGGAACAUUCUUGGAAAGCUCUUGUUUAUGAUGGGGAUACUGUUUCAGUUCACCGGCCAAGUUUUUAUGCAGACAGAUUUUUAAAGUUUAUGAAUACGAGAGUCUUCAAAAAAGUUCAAGCCUUAAGGCCUUCACCUUCAAAGAAACGGUGUAAUUCCAUCACAGCCCUAAAGGCAGCGUCACAAGAAGUAGUGUGUGCAGUUAGCCAGGAUUGGAAGGAUGAAAAGCAUGGCAUUCUUGCUGAAGGACAAAGUUAUGCCAGCCUUGAUGAAGAAGUACUAGGUUCACAUCACCGGCCGGAUCUAGUGCCAAGCACUCCGUCUCUGUUUGAAGCAGCUUCCUUGGCAACCACGCUUUCUUCUUCUUCCUUGAAUGUUGAUGAGCACUGUCAACGUGAUCACCCUACGCUCUAUUCUAGCAGUAAAGGGUUACCUUCAAGUUCAACAUUCACUUUGGGAGACAGUGCCAUCUAUUUGACUUCAGAACAGAGCACAUUGGAAAUGGAAAAUGAUAAUGCUUCAGUUUUGGAUGUUUACUUAUAACAAAGAAUACAUGAAGAGUAAAACUAAGAGAAGCGACCAUGGUUAAUGAAGAGCACUUUCUGCAGUCCUCAUUUAAGAAGGAGGAAUUUGCUGAGCCUAAUAGACAGAGUAAUAAUCAAUGGAACUUAUUCUAAGAAAUGCCAGGAUCUUUGAACCAUAGAAAAGAUUGAUGGACUUGACAAAAAUGACAUGAAACAUUCCACACUGCUGUCAUCUGCUGUUGCUUGCUCAGCUGUGAAGACCUGUGUAUUCAGGCUGCUUUCUACAAAAUUGCCAAUCACCUUUUUUGGAUUUGAAGUGAUAUUUUCUUAUCAGCUCUCUAGUGGUUUCAUUUGCAUGCAUUCUGUAACUAUGCACAAGCAAAAUUGAUUACCUACUUUACCUAUUUUAAAAUAAACACAGUGGUGAAUAAAAUCAAUUUAAUUUUUUUGACUCUCUCAGUUCUAAUCGCUUAGGUCCACAUCAGUGGAAAUUGAUACUGAUGUUGUAUGAGGGUUAGGGCAAAUAUCUGCACAUACCAUAUGAAAAUGAACCUCUAAAGAUACUUUCACUGUUGGUAAAAAGGAGAUAAAAAUGUUAUUUAUAAUAAGGCCUUAUGUUGUGUACAUAUAUUGUCCUUGAAAUAUUUUUGAUUUUGUUUAUUUCUUGUAAAAGAGAAAUUCUAUAAUUUAUUUAGAAAAUACUACUGUAAACUAUAGUUUUAUUGAUGAAUAAAAGAUUUUAUUCUAAAGACUA